AGAAGAGACACAAUCCGUUGAACCACCUACGCCCAGAGGGCUUGGUAGGAUUCGUGGAGCUUCAUGCAUCCAGGUUCAGGCAUCCCGGUUCAAGCAGACUUGGUGCAGCUUCCAUUUUGUCCGUAAUCAAAUCACACACGCACACACGCGAAAACACUUGGCUUGCGGGUCCUUCCUUUCUGUUCCGUGGGAUGGCGGUCCAGAAGGCACCUUGGACCGUGUGGUCCGUGGUUGCAGUCGUCCUCAGCAUCAGCGCACCCACUGUGACCUCGAUCGGUGUGAGUUCCACGCCGAAAUGUGCAGAUGACGACGCCCAAAUUAUUGCGCUGGCAAGCGGCAUCGGCGUCACUAUCAGUGGUUGUGCUGCGGUGCAGCCUUAUUGCGAAGAUGCGAAGUACGGCAGCACCGUGAAAGCGACCUGCCCUGCAACGUGUGGCCUCUGCAGGGUGGCCAGCCCCGGCAGCUCCCAUGCGGCUGAGGUGCUGAUGGACAGGAGCUCCAGGGGCUCCCGGGACGCGGAUGAUCAACGGUCCUUGGACAGGGCUCUGGCAGCGAAAGGGCCCGACCCGACGCCGAGGCCGACGCCGUGGCCGACGCCGUGGCCGACGCGGUGGCCGACGCCGAGGCCGACGCCGUGGCCGACGCCGUGGCCGACGCGGUACCCGACGCCGAGGCCGACGCCCUGGCCGACGCCGAGGCCGACGCCGUAUCCGACGCCGAAGCCGACGCCGUGGCCGACGCCGAACCCGACGCCGUACCCGACGCCGAAGCCGACGCCGAACCCGACGCCGAACCCGACGCCGUACCCGACGCCGAAGCCGACGCCGAACCCGACGCCGA